CCGGCCAGACACUUCCUGUUCCGACGUUUAUUUCCCGUUCCGGUGGUUCCGGUGGGACCCCGCGUGUGCGGCGCGGAGCGAUGCGGCCGCUGACGGAUGCGGAGACGCGGACGGUCUUCGAGAAGCUGGGGCGAUACAUCGGUGAGAACAUCCAGCUGCUGGUGGACCGGCCCGAUGGCACCUACUGCUUCCGCCUGCACCGCGACCGCGUCUACUACGUGAGCGAGAAGCUGCUGAAGGUGGCGGCGAGCAUCCCCCGGGAGAGCCUGACGGCGCUGGGCACCUGCUUCGGGAAGUUCACCAAGACGCAGAAGUUCCGGCUCAGUGUCACGGCUCUGGACUUCCUUGCGCCCUACGCCAAGUUCAAGGUGUGGGUGAAGCCGGGCUCGGAGCAGUCUUUUCUCUAUGGCAACCAUGUCCUGAAGUCAGGCCUGGGCCGCAUCACAGAGAACACAGCUCAGUACCAGGGAGUGGUGGUGUACUCCAUGGCUGACGUCCCGCUGGGCUUUGGGGUGGCUGCCAAGUCCACGCAGGAGUGCCGGAAGGUGGAUCCCAUGGCCAUCGUGGUGUUCCACCAGGCUGAUGUUGGGGAGUACGUGCGGAACGAGGACACCCUCAUGUAAGAGGACUCCGGCGCUCCAAAGACGCAAGUGUUCCUGGCCAGAACAGACUUUGUCCUGCAUUGUCGGUGCAGCAGUGUCACAGGGAGCCCACUCUGCUGCUGGGGUAUGCUCUGGUGUGAAAGGGCUGGGAGCCACCACACAGCCGCAUACUCUAGGGGAACUGCUACCUAAGUGAGGAGCUGCGCCGCAGGCACCAGACCUGCCCCUGCUCUCAAAUAAAGCCCGUUUCUUUUUCUAAA